AUGUUACGUGACCUAAUACUUCAGUACAAUUCAACAAUGGCAUAUUCAGGAUCAAUUCGAUUGUCUUGUGAUGUUAAGCGAUAUAGUAGUAUUGGAAGAUGUAGUUUUUGUCAUAAACCAAAUCCCGGUAAUCGAUUAUGUUUUGUUGCCUUCAAUCGUUUGCGCUAUGGUUUGAGAACGGAGUCUUCACCACACAUCUCUUCCCGAUUAUAUACUCAAAUUAAGCCUAUACCAUCUAGUUGUAAUGCUUUGUUGUGCCGAUCUGCUCUUGUAUCGGCUGGAGGGUGUGAGGCUCCGCUGAUAAAAGUUGCUACUGUUUCUUUGUCAAGAUCAUUUAAUGCUAUAUCAGGAAGACCAACUGUGCUUCAAUUGAUCCCUGCCCUUGGUAUCAUUGGCUUUGCUGUCUUUGGUCUUGAACCUCUCCUGCGCUUUUGCGGAUCUCUGUUUCUCCAAGAAUGGACUGAUAGAAGUUGGAAGAAAAGUAAUUCAUGUUAUAUAAUGACAUCUUAUUUCCAACCUUUGCUGCUUUGGGCUGCCGUACUGCUCAUCUGCAGGAGUUUAGAUCCACUAGUCCAACAAUCAAAAACCAGUUCAGUUAUAAAGCAACGGCUGCCAAGUUUUGUCAGAUCUUUUUCAACCGUGUUUACAUUUGCUUACUGUUCUUCAAGCUUUGUUCGACAAGCACAAAAGUUGUGUAUGGAGACAAAUGGCUCUAGUGAUGAACGAAAUAUGAGCAUUGAUCUUAUUGGGAAAGCUGUAUAUACUGCAAUAUGGGUUGCCGCCGUGUCAUUGUUUAUGGAGUUGCUUGGUCUCUCUACCCAGAAAUGGUUGACUGCUGGUGGUAUGGGCACAGUGUUGCUUUCACUUGCGGGUCGUGAGAUAUUCACGAACUUCCUUUCAAGUUUGAUGAUUCAUGCAACUCGGCCAUUUGUUGUGAAUGAGCGGAUUAAAACAGAGAUAAAAGGAUAUGAGGUUUCUGGUAAAGUUGAGCAUGUAGGCUGGUGGUCACCAACAGUUGUUAGAGGUGCUGAUUGUGAAGCAGUUCACAUUCCUAAUCACAAGUUGAGUGUAAAUGUUGUAAGGAAUCUUAGUAAGAAAACUCACUGGCGCAUCAAAACUCAUCUUGCUAUCAGUCACAUGGAUGUUAACAAUAUUAACCGCAUCAUAGCUGAUAUGCGUAAGGUUUUGGCCAAAAACCCUCUAGUAGAGCAAAGAAAAUUGCACAGAAGGGUUUUCCUGGAGGAUGUCAAUCCAGAAAAUCAAGCUCUCAUGAUACUAGUAUCUUGCUUUGUUAAAACUUCACAUUCUGAAGAGUACCUCCGUGUUAAGGAGGCCAUUCUCUUGGAUCUUCUAAGAGUCAUCAGUCAUCAUGGAGCUCGGCUAGCCACACCCAUCCGCACAAUUCAGAAGAUGUACAGUGAUUCUGAUUUAGAAAUUGAUCCAUUUGACAGCGCCAUUUUCACUCGAUCUAGAGCAAAGGGAAACCACUCUGUCCCAUUCAUAGACGACGGUGAAAAAAUUGCAGCGACAUGGACUCCCUCUUCCAGUGUAAAGUCCCAGGAUAAGUUUAAGUCAUCAUCUCAAGCCAAGCCGCAGAAUGUCGGUUCUGAUAAUUCUGUCCAGAAGGCCUCUAAAUCGAAAACAGCACCCAAAACUUUGUUAUCAUCCAAUGGAACUUCCCCCUCAAAGAAAGAUGAAGAAAAAUGA